CUGUCAAAGUCAAACUCUUGGAAAAAUAGAAAAAACAAAAAAAUUGUUUUGUUUUUAUUUUAAUUGCCAGUAAAUUAAUUGAUAAGUUAAGAGUACAUUAAAAUUUGCACUUUUGCAGUCUGAGUCAAGACUUCAAGCGGGAAAUGUUGUAUCAGAACACCGAAUAUGUGCAGAAUGUGUUGUUGUACUUCAAUCUCAAGCUCUAGUGAGAGCACCCAGUCGAGGCUACGGACACCAGGCUGUGUGUUUGGGAUGUGGUGAGACGGUGCUACGUACUAGAAGCAUUGCCAUAAACAGAAGUAUACAGCAAUAUACUGUAAUGCAAUCAUGGGUGCCACAAAUUCAGCCAGAUCUCCCGAUAUUUACACGAGUUUGUAUACAAUGUUGGCAAUUUUCACGACUGCAUUAAUUUGGAUGAUGAUUGAUUGAUGAUUAUAAUACUUUUUAGCCAGAUCUCCCGAUAUUUACACGAGUUUGUAUACAAUGUUGGCAAUUUUCACGACUGCAUUAAUUUGGAUGAUGAUUGAUUGAUGAUUAUAAUACUUUUUAGCCAGAUCUCCCGAUAUUUACACGAGUUUGUAUACAAUGUUGGCAAUUUUCACGACUGCAUUAAUUUGGAUGAUGAUUGAUUGAUGAUUAUAAUACUUUUUAGCCAGAUCUCCCGAUAUUUACACGAGUUUGUAUACAAUGUUGGCAAUUUUCACGACUGCAUUAAUUUGGAUGAUGAUUGAUUGAUGAUUAUAAUACUUUUUAGCCAGAUCUCCCGAUAUUUACACGAGUUUGUAUACAAUGUUGGCAAUUUUCACGACUGCAUUAAUUUGGAUGAUGAUUGAUUGAUGAUUAUAAUACUUUUUAGCCAGAUCUCCCGAUAUUUACACGAGUUUGUAUACAAUGUUGGCAAUUUUCACGACUGCAUUAAUUUGGAUGAUGAUUGAUUGAUGAUUAUAAUACUUUUUAGCCAGAUCUCCCGAUAUUUACUCGAGUUUGUAUACAAUGUUGGCAAUUUUCACGACUGCAUUAAUUUGGAUGAUGAUUGAUUGAUGAUUAUAAUACUUUUUAGCCAGAUCUCCCGAUAUUUACACGAGUUUGUAUACAAUGUUGGCAAUUUUCACGACUGCAUUAAUUUGGAUGAUGAUUGAUUGAUGAUUAUAAUACUUUUUAGCCAGAUCUCCCGAUAUUUACACGAGUUUGUAUACAAUGUUGGCAAUUUUCACGACUGCAUUAAUUUGGAUGAUGAUUGAUUGAUGAUUAUAAUACUUUUUAGCCAGAUCUCCCGAUAUUUACACGAGUUUGUAUACAAUGUUGGCAAUUUUCACGACUGCAUUAAUUUGGAUGAUGAUUGAUUGAUGAUUAUAAUACUUUUUAGCCAGAUCUCCCGAUAUUUACACGAGUUUGUAUACAAUGUUGGCAAUUUUCACGACUGCAUUAAUUUGGAUGAUGAUUGAUUGAUGAUUAUAAUACUUUUUAGCCAGAUCUCCCGAUAUUUACACGAGUUUGUAUACAAUGUUGGCAAUUUUCACGACUGCAUUAAUUUGGAUGAUGAUUGAUUGAUGAUUAUAAUACUUUUUAGCCAGAUCUCCCGAUAUUUACACGAGUUUGUAUACAAUGUUGGCAAUUUUCACGACUGCAUUAAUUUGGAUGAUGAUUGAUUGAUGAUUAUAAUACUUUUUAGCCAGAUCUCCCGAUAUUUACACGAGUUUGUAUACAAUGUUGGCAAUUUUCACGACUGCAUUAAUUUGGAUGAUGAUUGAUUGAUGAUUAUAAUACUUUUUAGCCAGAUCUCCCGAUAUUUACACGAGUUUGUAUACAAUGUUGGCAAUUUUCACGACUGCAUUAAUUUGGAUGAUGAUUGAUUGAUGAUUAUAAUACUUUUUAGCCAGAUCUCCCGAUAUUUACACGAGUUUGUAUACAAUGUUGGCAAUUUUCACGACUGCAUUAAUUUGGAUGAUGAUUGAUUGAUGAUUAUAAUACUUUUUAGCCAGAUCUCCCGAUAUUUACACGAGUUUGUAUACAAUGUUGGCAAAGAGCUACGAGGGCACAAACACUGAAUUUAAAAAAUAUAAAACAAGAAGUGGAGCAUAAGUCCGACGUUCAUAUUCAAAUGGCAGAUGAGUCUUCAGUGGAAGAUGUUGUGACAGUCAAGAAGGAAGAUGUUUCUGACUCCUUAUGGAAGUCUGAGAACUUGGGUUUGACAAAUGAAGACAACUGUGUAUCAAAUGAGGAAUACUCCAACAUGAGCAUCAAGAUAGAAGUGGAGCCACUGGAAGAGACUUUAAAUACAGCUCUUCAUGGAAGAGCAACAAGUUCUGAAGAUAACUGUGUGUCUAAUGAGGAAUACUCUGACAUGACCAUCAAGAUAGAAGUGGAGCCACUGGCUGAGGCUGUGAGUGAAGCUCUUCAUAGAAUAGCAGCAACUUCCUGCACUGCAGUUGCAAAACACGAGGCUGUAACAGAGAGUUGCAUUAAGAGUGAAAUUAUUACCUUCGGAUGUACGAUUUGUUUUCAAGACUUUGUGCAUGAAACUGCAUACAACAAUCAUAUGAUCAUGCAUCUCCAGGACGCUGGCGGCGACGCUGCAUGUGAUGCAUCACAAGUGUGCGAGCCUCGUGCAGCUGUGAGCCGCAGCGGUGACUCACUCGUGCUGCAGAACAAGUCAGUAUACAACGACGCUGCAUGUGAUGCAUCACAAGUGUGCGAGCCUCGUGCAGCUGUGAGCCGCAGCGGUGACUCACUCGUGCUGCAGAACAAGUCAGUAUACAACGACGCUGCAUGUGAUGCAUCACAAGUGUGCGAGCCUCGUGCAGCUGUGAGCCGCAGCGGUGACUCACUCGUGCUGCAGAACAAGUCAGUAUACAACGACGCUGCAUGUGAUGCAUCACAAGUGUGCGAGCCUCGUGCAGCUGUGAGCCGCAGCGGUGACUCACUCGUGCUGCAGAUCAAGUCAGUAUACAACGACGCUGCAUGUGAUGCAUCACAAGUGUGCGAGCCUCGUGCAGCUGUGAGCCGCAGCGGUGACUCACUCGUGCUGCAGAACAAGUCAGUAUACAACGACGCUGCAUGUGAUGCAUCACAAGUGUGCGAGCCUCGUGCAGCUGUGAGCCGCAGCGGUGACUCACUCGUGCUGCAGAACAAGUCAGUAUACAACGACGCUGCAUGUGAUGCAUCACAAGUGAGCGAGCCUCGUGCAGCUGUGAGCCGCAGCGGUGACUCACUCGUGCUGCAGAACAAGACAGGGAGUCGGAGGCUGAAUGAUGACCCUCUCCUGGCUGCAGACGAUCAGGCUUCAGUGAAACUUGGAGCAAGCAACGAGUACGAAGCAGGUGCUAUCUUGAAAAGCGAACAAAUCUUUGAAAUUGAAAUUGACGAACUGGACAACCGAUCGUCUCAGAGCGACACCAAACCGUACACAGAUAUAAAUAGAUUCCCAAAUUCUGUAGUCCAAUUACAUGAUAGAUUCAAACAUCCCAAUAAAGCUGUACUUGAUAAGAAUCGACUCGUGAGAACCCACACUGCUGCCAAGCCGUACGCUUGUGAGAUAUGCAACUAUAAAUGUGCAAUAAAAAGUGUUUUAGUAAAACACAUGGUAACCCACACUGGUGAAAAGCCGUUUUCUUGUGAUACAUGCUAUUAUAAAUUUCCACGAAAAAGUAGUUUAUUAAGACACAUGAAAAUCCACACUGGUGAAAAGCCAUUUUCUUGUGAUACAUGCAGUUAUAAAUGUGCACAAAACAGUUGGUUAUUAAAGCAUAAGAUGACCCACACUGGUGAAAAGCCAUUUUCUUGUGAGAUGUGCAAUUAUAAAUGUGCACAGAAAGGUACUAUGUUACAGCACAUGACAAUCCACACUGGUGAAAAACCUUUUUCUUGUGAAACAUGCGGUUACAAAUGUUUACAAAGAAGUCAUUUAAUACGGCACAUGAAAUUCCACACUGGUGAAAAGCCUUAUUCUUGUGACAUAUGCAAUUAUAAAUGUGCACUAAAAGGUAAUUUAUUAAGACAUAAUAAAACUCACACUGGUGAAAAGCCAUUUUCUUGUACGAUAUGCAAUUAUAAAUGUGCAGAGAAAAAAGUUUUAUUAGAGCAUAUUAGAACUCACACUGGCGAAAGGCCAUUUUCCUGUGAGAAAUGCAAUUAUAAAUGUGCGCAGAAAAGUAAUUUAGUAAAACACAACAUGACCCACUCUGUUGAAAAGCCAUUUUCCUGUGAGAUAUGCAGUUAUAAAUGUGAACUAAAAAGUCAUUUAUUACAGCAUAUUAAUACCCAUACUGGGGAAAAGUCAUUUUCCUGUGAGAUAUGCAAUAAUACAUUUGCACAAAAAAGUCAAUUAUUACAGCAUAUUAAAACCCACACUGGUAGAAAGCCAUUUUCCUGUGAGAUAUGCAAUUUUAAAUUUGCACAAAAAGGUCAUUUAUUACGGCAUAUUAAAACCCACACUGGCGAAAAGCCGUUUUUAUGUGAAAUAUGUAGUUGUAAAUAUGCACAUAAACAAGGCUUAUUACUGCAUAUGAGGACCCACACUGGUGUAAAGCCAUUUUCGUGUGAUAUGUGCAAUUAUAAAUUUGCGCGAAUAGGUAGCUUAAAGCAGCAUAUUAAAAUUCAUACUGGUGAAAAGACAUUCUCGUGUGAUGUAUGCAGUUUUAAAAGUGCUCGUAAAGAAGGUUUAUUAAGACACAAGAGAAGCCACACUGGUGAAAAACCGUUUUCUUGUGAUAUAUGCAAUUAUAAAUUUGCACGAAAAAGUACUUUAUUAAGACACAAGAGAACCCACUCUGGUGAAAAACCAUUUUCUUGUGAGUUAUGCGAUUAUAAAUGUACACAAAAAGGUACUUUAUUACAUCAUAUCAAAACUCACACUGGUGAAAAGCCAUUUGCUUGUGACAUAUGUAAUUAUAAAUGUAUACAAAAAAGUGCUUUAUUAAAACACAAAAUAACCCACAAUGUUAAAUAAAAAUACCACUUUUACCUCUUUAGCUCAAAAAUGACGCUUUUGCUGUAUAAAACCAGUAUUACUGAGACGGGCAGCGUGACGUCAGGAAUGUGUAUUCAGCAAUGAAAAUCUUCGUAUAGUUCCAACAAAGUGUAUUAUCACCAACAAAGACCGCGCUCGACUGACUACCAGACGACAAAAUAAUUACCGACUAUGACUCUAACAGUUUUACAAUUAAAAAAUGGUUUCUGUAUCUUACAACUACUUUUUAAUUAAACAGUUUUACGGCUUAGUCUAACAUUAUGAAAUUAAUAUCAUUAUAAUAUUUUAAUUAAUUAUAAAUGUAAAUAGUUUAAUCUGAGUUUAAAUCAUAAAUAAUAAAGCUAAAGAUGGAAUCUUUAGGUUUAGUCAAAUCAGUAUCUUAUUAACGAAAAACUGUAAUCAUGACAUUUUGACGGCCUCCGUGGCGCAGUGGUAUGCGCGGUGGAUUUACAAGACGGAGGUCCUGGGUUCGAUCCCCGGCUGGGUCGAUUGAGGUUUUCUUAAUUGGUCCAGGUCUGGCUGGUGGGAGGCUUCGGCCGUGGCUUGUUACCACCCUACCGACAAAGACGUACCGCCAAGCGAUUUAGCGUUCCGGUACGGUGUCGUGUAGAAACCGAAAGGGGUGUGGAUUUUCAUCCUCCUCCUACAAUUUAGCCCGCUUCCAUCUUAGACUGCAUCAUCACUUACCAUCAGGUGUGAUUGUAGUCAAGGGCUGACUUGUAAAGAAUAAAAAAAAAAAUGAAGAAUUAUUAUCAGCAAAUAACAGACAAUGUUUAUAAUAACGUUUAGAUAGUUUAGUAUAUUUAUAGUUUGUUAGAUGGAACGUAGGCCCUCGUAACGCCAGUGAGCAAAAGUCGUGUUUAUUCACUCUGUGAGAAAAAGUAUAGUCAAAUUUUUUUGUAAGUUUUUCGUAAUGCUAAUGUAAUGCACUUCUGUUACCGUGUCUGAAUACUACUAAUAUUAUUAACGCGAAAGUUUGUAUGGAUGUUUGGAUGUUUGUUACUCUAUAACGCCGCUACUACUGAAGCGAUUUAGCGGAAAUUUGAAAUGGAAAUAGAUUUCACUCUGGAUUAACACAUAGGCUACUUUUUAUCACGAAAAAAUCCAUGGUUUCUCGAGAUUUGCGAAAACUGAUGAUUUUGAUGAUGAAUGUUUGUUACUCUUUCACGCCUCGACUACUGAACCGAAUUAACUGAAAUUUGGUAUUGAGAUAUAUUAUAGUCUGGAUUAACACAUAGGCUACUUUUUAUCCCGGAAAAAUCCAUGGUUAUUUCCCGAAAUCCCGAGGGAUUUGUGAAAAACUAAAUUCCACGCGGACGAAGUCGCGGACGUCCGCUAGUUUAUUAUAAAAAAGGGAAGUUUAAAACAAAUUAUACCUCGGUUUUGGAAAGACAUACGAUUACAAAAAUAAAUUAUUUUUAACCGACUUCAAAAAGGUGGAGGUUCUCAAUUCGGUCGGUAUUUUUUUUUAUGUAUGUACACCGAUGUUGUCUUAAUUUAAGCCAUUUCUAACAGGACUACGUGAAAUAACACUGUCUGCAAAAUCUAAAUCUGUAAGUUAUUCUCACAUAGCUUGAAUUAAUACAUCACCGGCUGAGCACCGCCUUCAUACUAAUCAGCAGGUAGAACAUAAUAUGAUGUUAUUUUUCGCUUUUUAGUUUACGUUACGUACGUUUUUAGGUUUAAGAGUCGGUUGUAUUUUUUUUUAUUAAAAUUUUUAUUGCAUGAUUUAAUAAACUGUCGUAAUAUUUAUCGUACGUAGGUACGUUAAGUAUUAAUAAAUAGCAGAAAUACAAAGGAAAAUUUGUCUUUGGCUAUACGGUAUACCUUUGCCUUUUUAUACUAGAAAGAAGAAAAAAAAAUUGAAAAAAAAAACGAAAGAAACAAAUUUUUUCUUUUGUUUUUUCUGCUUUGUUUCUUUGGAAGAAUGUAUUUCAAUUUCCGUGGUCUAAAAAACAUUGAUAUAAUUUGCAAAAUUGUAAUGAUUUUGUGUAAAAUUUUUAGGUUAAAGGAUUUUUUUUUUCGUUAAUUUUUUAUUCUAUUGAUUUUAAUUAUUCGUUAAUGUACUUAAUCUUGUGUUAAAUUGACACUAUUUAGUUAUAAAGGGUGAUUUUUUUUAUAAUAAUAAUAUGAUUUUUAUAAAAUUAUAUUUAUUUAUGUUUAUGUUUUUCAGAUAGCAUGGGUUCGGUGACAGUUCAUUUCACUCUUGAAAGUUUGCCGCGAUUCACGAUAAUAGUACUUUUUUUUUAAAGAAUAUUUGCCAUAUCUUUUAUAAUAUGACCAAUAUUCCCAUUCCCCUCCAACUAAUCGGGAAAGACUGUGCUAGGAGGAGGGUCGAACCACCACCCUUUGGUGAUGAGUCCGACCGCUCUUACCGUUGAGCUAUUGAGGCGAGACUUUGAUGAUUUGACGUCAUAAGGCAACUGUCACACCCAUGCUAUCUGAAAAACACUUUAAUAAGUUAUAUUUUUGGAAAAUGUUUAAUGGACUAUCGAGUAAAAAUAAAACACUAUUUUGUGCAA